UAGCGUGACCAUUCGUAGGUUUCUUGUUCAUUAGAUGUUAAGAUGAAUGACUCGACUCUUGCACGCUAUGCUGGAUUUUUUAAUCAGCCUUUGAGAAACUCUGAGCUUUAUACUCAGCUCAAUGAGAUAUUAGACAAUUCUGAGCUCAUCGCUGAGUUCUCUCAAUUCUACAGACAACGAACACAUGAAAACGAAUGCAUAGGCAUUACCUACCAAUCGGUUCCUACGCUGGAAGAGAUAAACUGUAUGUUGAAGCAAGAGGAAAAGAUCCGAAUGUCCCUCAAGCGCAUACGGGAUAUUGUCCUCAGUCAUCACCAGAGUACUCUGACACCCGCGACCGAAGAUUGUAAGCUUAUAUAAGACAUUGCAAUAAGGAACCUUGAGAUAACGAGAGUCAGCGCUGAGAAAAGGCCGGCGACUUCCUGGCGGCGGCGGGCAUCAAAUCAGCUCUACUCUAGCUUCCAGAACACAUAGAGAAGAUCGUUCAGGACUGUGAUCACUUUAUGAUCGUUGCAUACGAUGCACAGAAUAAUCGAGAGUAUACUAGUGCGCCGGACAGGCUUCAACAUUCUGAGAAGAAUGCUCUGGACGGGGUCAUAGGUAAGCUUAUAGGUAGAGUUGGGUACAAUGCGUCCUAAUAAGAUUUUACUCAUUU